CGUCAGACCAGACAUAGGAUACAGACAACAACAGUGACAGAUCAAGAAGACCGCAUUUCUGUUUGCAACCAGCUAUGGGUGUAGUCUGAAAAAGGUGGAUACAGUAGCGCACCGCCAACAUAUAAAUAUAUAUACCUCGAAGUUUUAUCCUCAUGAAGGAGCUCCGUCCUGGCUGAGUUUGGGAGAUGGGAGUCCUCAACAUCGCAGACCAGCCUCCUCUGGUCCAGGCCAUCUUCAAUCGUAAUGCUGAAGAAGUUCAACUAUUAUUGCACAAAAAGGAGGAUGUCAAUGCACUGGACCAAGAGCGCCGUACGCCACUUCAUGCUGCUGCCUGUGUGGGUGACGUCCAUAUAAUGGACCUCCUCAUUGAAUCAGGUGCCACUGUAAAUGCUAAAGACCAUGUAUGGUUGACCCCGUUGCACAGGGCGGCUGCUUCCAGGAACGAAAGGGCAGUGGGUCUGCUGCUGAGGCGCGGAGCAGAGGCGAACGCACGAGACAAGUUCUGGCAGACGCCGCUGCAUGUGGCUGCUGCCAACCGUGCCACGCGCUGCGCAGAGGCCCUGCUGACCCAGCUGAGCAACCUGAACAUGGCAGAUCGCACCGGCAGAACUGCCCUGCACCACGCAGCUCAGAGCGGGUUCCAGGAGAUGGUGAAGCUGCUGCUGAACAAAGGGGCCAACCUGAGUGCCAUCGAUAAGAAGGAGAGACAGCCCAUCCAUUGUGCUGCUUACUUGGGGCAUUCAGAGGUUGUGAAGCUGCUGGUGUCCCGCAGUGCAGACAAGAGCUGCAAGGAUAAGCAGGGCUACACACCUCUUCAUGCUGCUGCUGCAAGUGGUCACAUCGAAAUUGUAAAGUACCUACUGAGGAUGGGGGCAGAGAUUGAUGAGCCCAAUGGCUUUGGAAACACUCCGCUCCAUGUGGCCUGCUACAUGGGGCAGGAGGCAGUGGCUACCGAGCUGGUGAACCAUGGCGCUAAUGUUAACCAGCCCAACAAGUGCGGCUACACCCCUCUGCACCUGGCUGCCGUCUCCACCAACGGUGCCCUCUGUCUGGAGUUGCUGGUCAACAAUGGGGCAGAUGUCAACCAGCAGAGCAAAGAAGGGAAGAGCCCCCUGCACAUGGCAGCCAUUCAUGGACGCUUCACACGCUCUCAGAUCCUCAUCCAAAACGGUGGGGAAAUUGAUUGUGUGGAUAAGUAUGGCAAUACUCCUCUCCACGUUGCUGCUAAGUACGGCCAUGAACUGCUGAUCAGCACUCUGAUGACCAAUGGAGCAGACACGGCCAGACGUGGGAUUCAUGGAAUGUUCCCCUUGCACUUAGCUGUGCUGUACGGGUUUUCAGACUGUUGUCGCAAGUUACUCUCCUCAGGUCAGCUGUAUAGUAUAGUUUCAUCUAUGAGUAAGGAGCAUGUACUAUCAGCUGGGUUUGACAUAAACACCCCUGACAACUUUGGGAGGACCUGUCUACACGCUGCUGCCUCUGGAGGAAAUGUUGAAUGUCUGAACUUGCUCUUAAGUAGUGGUACCGACUUGAAUAAGAGGGACAUAAUGGGAAGGACACCGUUGCACUAUGCAGCUGCUAAUGGGAGGUACCAGUGCACUGUGACCCUGGUGAGCGCUGGCGCUGAGGUCAACGAGCCUGACCAGACAGGCUGUACUCCCCUGCACUACUCUGCCGCCUCCCAAGCCUUCAGCAGAGUUGAUCGUCAUUUUUCUGGGAACCAUCAGAACGACGAGGACGAGGCGAAGGAGUCGUACUUCUGCUUGGAGCAUCUUUUGGACAAUGGUGCUGAUCCAUCGAUGGUCAACUCAAAGGGUUACAGUGCUGUUCACUAUGCAGCUUACCAUGGCAACAAACAGAAUUUGGAGUUGCUCCUGGAGAUGUCUUUUAAUGCACUAGGUGACAUAGAGAGCAGUAUUCCAGUCAGUCCACUGCAUCUUGCUGCUGAUAAGGGCCACUGGCAGGCGCUGCGCGUGCUGACGGAGACGGCGGCCUACGUGGACAUGCAGGACGCCGCAGGUCGCUCCGUGCUCUACUUGGCUUCCCAGAAAGGCUACGCCCGCUGCGUGGAGGUGCUGUUGGCUCAGGGGGCUUCCUGUGUCCUCAAUGACAACCGCCUCAUGUGGACUCCAAUUCACGUGUCAGCUGCCAAUGGUCACUCGGACUGCCUGCGCAUGAUGAUCGAUUACGGGGAGGAGGGGGAUCUCACCAACGUCGCAGACAAAUUUGGCCAGACCCCUCUGAUGCUCGCUGUUCUGGGAGGUCACACUGACUGUGUCCACUUCCUGUUGGAGAAGGGUGCCUUGCCAGACGCCAAGGACAAGAGGGGCAGCACAGCUUUGCACAGAGGGGCCGUGUUGGGUCAUGACGACUGUGUGACAGCCCUGCUGGAGCACAAAGCUUCUGCACUGUGUCGGGACGCCCAGGGUAGUACACCGCUGCACUACGCCGCAUCCAGAGGCCACACAGAGAUCCUGGCCAGUCUGGUGCAGGCCGCCAUGGCAACAGACCCACAAGAUAAACUGCUGGACAACAAACAAUACACCCCAUUACACUGGGCUGCUUACAAAGGGCAUGAAGACUGUUUGGAGGUUUUACUUGAAUUUAAAACAUUUAUCCAUGAAGAGGGAAACCCUUUCACCCCCCUGCACUGUGCUCUGAUGAAUGGCCACAGCGGUGCUGCAGAGAGGCUGCUGGAAUCUGCUGGGGUCCACAUGAUUAACACCAGAGAUGCCAAAGGAAGGACCCCACUGCACGCUGCUGCAUUUGCUGAGGACGUCGCAGGACUUCAGCUGGUGCUUCGCCAUGGGGCAGAGAUCAAUACAGUGGACAAAAGUGGACGCUCUGCUCUGAUGGUAGCUGCUGACAAGGGACACAGUGGCACCGUGGCCAUCCUCCUUCACCGGGCCAAGGCUGACCUGACACUGCUGGAUGAGAACAGGAACACUGCCCUGCACCUGGCCUGCAGCAAGGCUCAUGAGAUGUGUGCCCUGCUGAUUCUGGGGGAGAUCCACAGUCCCACCCUCAUAAACGCCACCAACAGUGCUCUGCAAAUGCCCCUCCAUCUUGCAGCACGUAAUGGCCUGGCUACGGUGGUGCAGGCACUGCUGAGUAGAGGAGCCACUGUGCUGGCUGUGGAUGAGGAAGGCCACACCCCAGCCCUGGCCUGUGCUCCCAACAAGGACGUGGCUGACUGCCUGGCUCUGAUCCUCUCUACCAUGAAGCCUUUCCCCCAGCGGGACCCUUCCUCCUGCUCCUGCUCCUCUCCCACCGUCUCCCCCUCCCCGGGUCUCAACUUGCUGAAGCACUGCGGCAUCACCGCCACCUGCGCCCCCCUGCCCAGCAACGGCCUCCACAACGGCUACGUCAAAGACCGUCACGGCGCGCCGGUCGGCCUGGAUGGGUGUCUGUCUGAGUGAGGUCACGCGCCCCCCUCAGUCAGCUGCUAUCACCAUCAUCACCACCAAGGGGGGGGACUCCCUUUAAACAUGGGCCCCGAGGACCAGGAGAGCACCCACCCACAUGUCUGUUCUGUGUAUGUAUGUGUACGUGCGUCUGUCUGUGUGUGCGUGUGAGUGUUUGGUCUUCUCUUGAGGUGCAGUCAAACCUAAUAUGCAAUUAGAUCCCAUUCCUCCAUCUCCUAGUAGUGCUUAAUAUGUAGAGGCAGAUUGCUCUACAAGGUCACUCAGAUGAAGUGUGGCAUCCAAAAAAAAAAAACAACAACAAAACACUAGCAAUCUGGCCAUCUCUUUAAAAAAAAAAAAAAUCAUUUAACCCUUUAAAACCAUGUGGACAUAAUUAUGUAACCGACGUCUCAUGGAGCAUGGAGAUCGCUGUCUUUCUCGUCAUAUCACUCAAUAUAAAAGUCAUAUCUUGUUUAAUCAAGUGGUGGUGACCUUGUAGAGGAACGUACAGCCUUCCCAAAAGAAUGAUCAAAGAGUUUCUUUUUUUGAUUAUUUCUUUUCCUCUUUUUUUUUUUUUGUUUUGUUUUUUAAAUGUCCGUUAGCUUUAGAUUUUUAUGAAGGAACCACACAAGGGAAAAAAAAAUCUAAAUUUUUUCUUUUUUUUUUGUUUGUUUUUGCUUAAGAGUGCAAUGCUUGUGUACUACAGUACAAUCCGAAAAAAAAUUGGAAAAGGGUCACAAAGAUGUUUAAUUCCAUAGUAGUACUUUAAAAGAAAAAGAAAAAAACGUACGGCCUAGAGAGAAUCGUUUUGGCAUUUUAAAGAUAAUUUGGUAAUGCUGCUGAAUACAUAUUAAAAAAAGCAUGUCUCCUUCCAAAGGAGAGCCAUGUUCGGGGGGGGUCAGCGCUCGGGUUCGACUUUGUUCCCGAUGCUGACUUCAUGUUUUAAAGAUGCUAAAUAAGUGUUUGUUAAGCUAGAAUGUUUCUAAGCAUAUAACUUAUGACCAAAGUUGAUCAACACUAUUAUGGCUAUAAAUUAUUUAUUUGAGAUGAACUGUACUGUAUAGAGAAAGACAAUAGAUCUUGAUAUACCUCGUCAACUCGUUUAGCAGCUGCUUCAUCUUCACCCAGGGUCCGUAGGCCUAAUGUUCUCUUUUUGUAGGACUAGAGAACUACUGUAGGAUAGUGACUGACUGAGGCCUUGUUUAUUUCUAGAUGAAGGCUUUUACUAGUAAUAUCUGCCAACAACACCUCAUCAAAGCAUCAUAUAUCUGAGCACAUAAAUGAACAAGCCAUUUCAACUUAUUUCCCAUCUCUUUAACAGUGUUUUUUUUUUUUUUUUUUUUUUGGGAAAAGAUUUCAGAAUUUGAAUGGCCUAAUUAUCAAAAAAAGAGAGCAAUCAGUUUGUUUUGUUUUUUUGGUUUUUAGGCGCUCGUGACGUUUUUGAUUUUUUGUUUUUGUUUUUUGAACUGGCCAGUUCAGCGUUAGCUCUCACUAUAAAAGGAGUGUGUUUCUUGGAGCUGGUGAACUAAGUCUUAAACAUCUAAAAUAGCUCAUAUCUCAACUUCUCGGUGGUCAACUCUGAUCAAUUUAGAAACAGAUAAAAAAAAAAAAAUGAGUAUUGUCUGCUAUUUUUAUUGGGCAGUUUUCAAGCAAUAUUUUCUUUUGGCCUUUUUUUUGUUUUACGUUAUUGAAUAGACAAUCACUGUCACAAGGGCUUUUGUUUCCUUGGAAUGUGUUUGAUUUUUUUUUUUUUCUUUUUUUUUAUUAUUAUUAUUAUUUUCAUGAAAAAUUAACCUAAAGACUAAACGAAUGGCUCUGUGUGUGCCGGGCAUUUUACUGUCAGUGUCAACACAAAUGCACUGGAUUGCCUUUAUGGCAUCUCAUGAAAUGCCUUUUUGACCCAUGCCUUCUGUAACACAUCAUUUCAGUUGGAUCGCGUAAUGGCAAAGAGUGAUGAUGAGCCCUGAGACUGAUUUUAUUUUAUUUUUUUUUGUUAUCUUUCCACCCGUUCGGUAACAACAGCGUUUGAACCACACAGUUUGCGCCGUAGUAUCUCGUGGAAAAAUAAACAGCCCCGGCAUAUCUCGGUUAUGUCUCGGCUUUAUCAAUGAAAACAGGGAUUUGACGUCCCUUUUUUUUUAUUCUAGAAGCAAAAUAGGGCUAAGAGGAAAAAAGGAGAGGGAUCUUUGCUUAGGCCAAUACCUGUUUUAGAUUUCAGGAAUAGCAGAAAUCCAAAUAUGUGCUUUUUUUCGGUGUUCAUUUUUGUCGUCUCCUCAUCCCAUUUUCUGGUACUAAGCAUACUAAAGAUGAUUGUAUCGGACCACUAGAGCUGUUUGUGACUUUUAGAUGUUAUAUCUAUGCUAUUUUGUCGUUUUUUUUUUUUUUUUUUUUUUUUAAGACCAUCUGCUGGUGGUUAAAUUACACUGAGUCAGAUUGUUUUCAUUGGUGUGAUAGCUUCAUAUCCACUGGUAAUGAAGUGGCACAAUUGCACACAUUAGUUGACUGGAUGAGAGAUGAGGACCUAGACUAGGCUAUGUUGUUAAAUUCCCCCCCUCCUCCCUGCAAACGUGUAUUUUUUACUUGAUUGAACUCAAACUGACAAAGUCCAUUUCAGAGGAGUUAGUGUUAUAGAUCCUUAGCUGGCAUUUCAAUUGAUAACUGAUUGGAAUGAAAUGGAACUAAUUGGUGACCCCGAUCUUUGUUCUCUUGAUCAAUUUCCAGGAGAACAGUUAUAUUAUUAUUAUUAUUAAUAUUGAUGUUAUUAGGGAUAGGUACAUAAUUUUUUGUAAUCUCAGGAUCUGUGCUGAAGCAGCGAGCAGAAUUUAUGAAUCCAAUCAGAUCUCAGCAGGAUGAUUAUGUCUACUUUUUAUUUUCUUUUUCUCGAUUUAUGAUGAUAAUGAUGAUGGGAUGUUCCAUAAUUUAAUUCCUUUAUAACCCUAAUCCCACAGCACUUAAUUAGAUAGUCGAAGCACGCACUUUAGUACAUUCAGGUUCUAAGUGUGCAAAAUAGAGCAGAUGUAAUGUAUGUACUUAUGUUUACAUGCAUGUGUGUUGCUGCUGAAUUACAGGAAGGAAAAAGGGUUGCAAAAGACGGUCUGCAACGAAAUUGUACUCUAACAAUGCAUUAUUUAAAAAAAAAAACAACAAAAAAAAAAACAUAAGUGUCUCUAAGUACUUCGGGACAGUGUCCACUGCCCACUGACUUUUCUUUGUGUUAUCUUUUUCUGGGCGUCCAGCCCCCAAGAAAAGAAAGAGGAAAAAAAAAAAAAAA